AUGACGUUAUUGGCCGAUCUCUCCAGCCAAGUCAAAAGCUUGACAUCUACUUCUUCUACCAUGAAUAUUCCUACCGCGCCCCCUGAAGUGCCGGUAGUAAAGCCCAUGGCAAAAGUGCCUGUGGAAGAGAUCCCCACUGCAAUCCCGAUAGUUAUCGAUCUAGAGCCUCCCUCUAAAGAGAUUCCAGCUUCGCACUUUGAUGAAGAAAAUGCAAGGCGCCUCGCAAAGAUUAAGGAGCGCCUUUGCAUGCUGCAAGGCUAUCAGUUCCAGGGGCUUGAUAAAUUGUCACCAUUUGCCAAAGUUACGGUCCCUAAAUUCUAUAAGGAGCCGGAGUUCACAAGAAAAUAUGACGGCAUUGGAUGUCCUAAGACACAUUUGAAGUACUACCUGGGCAAGAUGGCCCGUUAUUCAGAUAAUCCCCCACUCUUGAUCAAUUCAUUUCAGGACAGCCUAGUUGGUCCUGCGUUAACCUGGUUCAUAGAGUUGGACAUGGAGAAAAUCCGUACCUGGGAAGAUCUCGUUGAAGAAUUCCUCCAGCAAUACAAGUUUAAUACUGAAAUUGCUCCGACUCGAGAGGAAUUGGUUCGGGUCGAAAAAAGAAGAGAUGAAUCAUUUAGGGCCUACGCUCAAAGGUGGAGGGUCAUUGCGUCUCAAGUGAAACCGCCAUUGUCUGAGAAAGAGACCAUGAAAUUGCUACUUCAGGCUAUGCCCCGUGAUUUUUUUGAGAAGAUGUACAAUCAUACUUGUAUGAACUUUGCUACAUUUGUAGAGUAG